GCGCGUGAGCCGAGUGCUGCGGCCUCGGCUGGUUUGAGGGGACUGUAGGUGACGCUCUCAGUGUAUAUUUUUGACGUGGCGGCUACGUAUCAGCACAGCCAUCCACUCCUAGCGCACCGUAAUCUGUGACGAGUAAAACUACGUAAGUGGAAACAGCUGAAUGCAUCUGAAGCUCGAAAAUGACAGGAUGUCAUUGCUGUCUACAUAGCUGAGUUUAAAAAAAAGUCUGUGGAAAUUCAAAGUGGAAAUAGUAAAUAGUUGGAGAUCCAUUGAAACUGCUUCAAUUUUGGAAGCACAGGGCAAAUGACCAUGGAAUCAGUUGUUGAAUCUCAUCAAGAUGGCAGUGUGACAGAUUCAGUGACAGAUAGUGAAUCUAUCCAGUUACAAGCUCAGAAUUCCCAGACACAGAUCCCCACCAUUGCACAGGUAUCUGUGGCUGGUAGUCAAGUUGCAUCAGGAUCUCCAGCUGUAACUGUUGUACAGUUGCCUUCUGGUCAGACUGUACAGGUCCAAGGAGUAAUUCAAACUGCUCAGCCCUCUGUGAUUCAGUCACCACAGAUACAAACUGUUCAGGUAGCUACAAUAGCAGAAACGGAUGAAUCUGGAGAUUCUGCUGAGGUUGUAACUGACUCCCAAAAACGAAGAGAAAUCCUAUCCAGACGACCAUCUUAUCGAAAAAUCCUAAAUGAAUUGUCUUCUGAUGCGCCUGGUGUUCCAAAGAUUGAUGAAGAAAAAUCUGAGGAAGAAGGAGCAACAGCUGCUAUCACUACAAUGGCAGUACCAACUUCUAUCUACCAGACAAGUACUGGCCAAUACAUCGCAAUCGCUCAAGGUGGAACUAUUCAGAUUGCAAAUCCAGGAGCUGACGGUGUGCAAGGAUUGCAGACACUGACCAUGACAAAUGCAGGAACACCUCAGCCUGGGGCAACUAUUGUGCAAUAUGCUACACAGUCAAGUGAUGGGACACAACAGUUCUUUGUUCCAGGCAGCCAAGUCGUCGUUCAAGCUGCAACUGGAGAUAUGCCAACUUACCAAAUCCGGACUCCAACUACCACCCUACCUCAGGGAGUAGUGAUGGCAACUUCGCCUGGAACAUUGCAUAGUCCGCAACAACUUGCAGAAGAGGCAACCCGUAAACGGGAACUAAGGCUAAUGAAAAACAGGGAGGCUGCCAAAGAAUGUCGACGUCGAAAAAAAGAAUAUGUAAAGUGUCUGGAAAGCCGUGUUGCAGUGCUGGAAACCCAAAACAAGCAGCUAAUCGAGGAACUCAAAACUUUGAAAGAACUUUAUUGUGAUAAAUCAGAGUAGUAUUUGUAAUAUGAGUCCUGACCAGUUUGAUGUCUACAGCAUCUUUCUUUGAAGAUAAAGCCUCUGCAGCUUCAGACUGCUUUUUUUAUUUUUUGCUUUGCAAAACUACGUAGAAAACAUUGGAACCUUUAACAUGUAACAUUUCUCAAAAGUUAUUCACAGUAAUAUAUUUUGUUAAGUGUUUGUUGUAUAACUGAAAUAUGUGGGGAAAAAUGAACAAAAAAAAACUUUUGUAAAAACAAUUAGUUCAAUGUAUAUACAUAUACUGUACCCUGUUACAAUGUAAUGCAGUACUUGCUAAGUUCUAUUUGUUAAGCAUUUGCAUUUAAGAUUUUUAUGUGUUGCUCAUAUGCUAUCCUGAAGACACAUGUAAUAUUAUUUUUACACGUGUUUAUUGCUUUUAGUACCCUAUUAAAUUUGAAAUUAAAAUAGAAAAGUAUGCAAGGCAAUUGAAUUAAAUAAUUCAGAAAAUUUGACCUAUAUAGAAAGCAUCUACCUUUGAAAGAGGGAAUUUAGAAAGGAAAAUGUAUGUUAUUGAUUAAUUAUAUGUAAAGAGAGUGUUAUAUUCAGUAGCAUUGCAAAAACAAAUGGAAUUUAUAGUUAAUUUCUGACUUUCUUUUAUACAUUUUUGUGAAAUGUAGCAUUGUACUACUGUCAGUUUAUGCUUAUGUAGUUCGAGAAUCAAAAAUGAAUUUUAAUAGAACCACAUUGGUUAAAAAACACAUUUCUUGUUGUUACUUGUAUUUAAAAAAUGUUCAACUUUAGUUGCCUUAAUAAGUAAGCCAUCUUUUGAAGAAACCAUUUUGAUUCUGGUAAUCACCUAUCAAGAAUGAAAUGUGUGUAUUCAACUUAACCUCUGUCUCUUACCCCCUCCCCCACCCCAUGAGUUUACACCUAAUAACAUGGAAUUUAUUUUAAUUGGCUGUGAAAUUUAUUCUACUGUAAGUUUUUUUGUAAUACACAUGUGCUUAAAAGAUUUCAAUAUUAUUUCAAUGUAGCUUUCCUGACCAGAUAUAAAAUAGGAAUUCAAAUUUUUAAUUUCUCCAUGGACUAUUAUGUAAAUUUGGUUAUGUUUAAGUUCUUUGUAGUAAUAGAAUUAAUUCCCCUGUAGAGGAAAAUUAUAUUUAGGGGCCCUGUUUUCUAAAAUACUCAAUUGGUAUUGGAUUAUAUUCACAAAUUACAAUAUUACUUUUCUUUCUGUAAAUAGGAAGUUUGCAGUUUCUGUGACUAGAUAAGAUUUUUUUUUAAGUUACUGUAUCAUUCUUUCCACUACUUCAUUUGGACAUCGUUAUUCUUUAAACUGCUAAGUCAAUGCUGCACCCUUCCAGAUGUUUUUCUAUCAUCUGAAGAUUCUGAUGAUAUUUUGAAGUAGCCGUUACAUUUAUUAUAUGCCUCUUGGAACACCAACAUUUUCUGAUGUUGAACAUGGCAGUGUCUGCUGGAUUCUUCUAUUUAGAAUUGACAGUAAGUUCAGAAAAAAUUACUUUCUACUCUUUGUCUUACUCAUUGAAUUCUGCUUCUUGGUAAACUGUAUUCUGUUCAGCAGCUCACUCUUAUAUCCUGGAAAAAGAGAGGGGGAAUAUUCAAGUGCUAAACAUAUAAUUAUGUGUCUUGUUUUGCAGAGCUAUAUUUUAUCUCAUCCAAUUGUUACUCAUAAACUUAUAAAUAAGUUUAAGAAUUUGUAAAUAUUGUGCAUUUGAAUUAAUCUUAUUUGUUAAGGUGCAUCCUUCACUAUUACCAAAUGAAAUACUGUAUUCAACAAGCAAGUUCAGGCAAGGUGAUCAUCUUUUUAGUCUUGAAAAUGAACGUGAUUACAAUUUUUUGAGUUCUAAAAUUGUGAGCAUGGCAA